AUGUCCAACAAUCAAGGCUUUGGCCAGGGAGACCAGCGGGGUCAACAUUUUGGCUUUGGUGGCCUUGGAUUCUAUGCCAAGGGUAUUGCAGCCGGGAUUGGUCUUGCGUCAGAGAGUAUUCAGGCACACAAAGAGAAGAAGAAAAAGACAAAGAUGGUGCCUACAGGUGAAACGCAUCAGCAUCAAUCUCGGGCCCCAUAUGGCGAGCAAGCACGAUCCGUCCCACCACCAGCCUACCACUACAGUGCAGAACAGCCAUUUAUACCGACACUGGAGGGAGAAGGAUCACAUUUGAGUCAAACGGAAAGCUCUGGAGAAGGAGGACGCGCGCAAGAGGACGGCGAUGAGGAGCAGUGGGACUUGGAUGACGCGCAGGAUGACCUCCUUUCACGGGAACCUGUUCAUCCAAACAAACGUCCCUUUGCUCGUGAUCCCAAGAAAACGGUCCAGUACUUCAUCGAUGAUUAUCCGCUCCCGCAGGAGAUACAGUCACCGGGAAGAUUGGCUUUUCCAGUGGUCUUGCCUCAACGCAGACCUAAAGACCGGACUCGUGGCUUCAUCAGAGCAUAUGCGCCAGAGUUGAUGAAUGCAGGAAUUGACCAGGAUAUGUUUCUCGGCUUCUUGGAAACGUUCAAUACCGCCACACAAGCUUCGCCGUGGAUAAACGCUAUCAACAUGGCCGGUAUUGCUUUGUUACCAUUACACCUCGCCCCCGGAAUUGGUCAAGCAGCCACCGUGGCGCUUUAUCUGACCGUGGAGAUAAUGAAAAACAUGCAAAGUCGAAAAAGAUACCACACGGUCAUGGACCAGAUGAAUGAGCAAUUCUUCCAGCCAAGGGGCCUCCAUGCUAUGGUUUUGACCUGGACACCCGAGACAGAUGCUACAGAAGUAGGAAUCAACUUCAACGAGACAUUUCUCAAAAGUACAGCCCCUCCAGAAGGUAUUGCCAAAGUUGUGCGAAACUUCAAGCCUUCCGUGGGUACCACAAAUGGCGUUCCAUUUACAGAAACGGCUCCUCUUGUUUUCCCUGCUCUCGAUAAAUUGGCCGAUGAUCAAACAGGAGCAGCCAGAUCAAAGAGAGAGAAGAUCAAAGGAGUGAAAAACUUUGCUAGCGAGUACUUCGAUCGUCGCGCGCAGGCCAAGCAUGCUCUUGAAACCCCUGAUAGUCAAUUAGCCGUUGGACCUAAGCCUACUUUCACAUCGUGCUACUCCGACCCCAGUAACCCUACAAACAGUGGUGACCUCCUCGCACUCGUCACUGCUGGGAAGCUGAGUAUGCCAGUGAGAGGCGGUUUCGGCGGGCUAGGUGGUGGAGGGGGUCUGGAUGGCCGUGCCAUGAUGAGAUCUCACAGCCCCUUAAAUGACAGAUUGGCAAUGUCUUACGGAGGACCAAGAGGUCGCAUGGGGAUGAUAGGUGGUAGUAUGGGCCAGCAACAGACGAUGGAUCGGCCGAGUCAAGGCGAAAUUGGUUAUAACCAACACUAUGCCAGCCAGACAACCAUGAACCAGAUGGAUAAUCAGAGGACGGCAAAUGGUCCCGGAAUAGGAGGAACUCAAAUUGGAUUUGGGGGAGCCAACUUGAUAGUCAACGGUGUGAAGCGUGUUCUUCGCCAUCAUGUUCUUUAUCUCCUUAUCGUCAACCUACCAACCGAAGAGGAAAUGGAAAAUGCGGCACCAUUCAUGGAGCAGACAUACUCUGGGCAGCAGAGUGCUUAG